CAGGUCGCCAAUAUCAACACUCAAGUCAUACUUUGACUCACUAUACACAAGCUAUCUGGCAGACAAUCUUUUCAAACAGCGGGCCGGUAUCAGCAUAUUAAAGAAUUACAUUCCCCGAGACGAGGGUUCUAGAAAUUGCACUCGCUUGCAUAUAGUGUAGGAUACAUUCUCGAGUCAUAAGAAGAGAGCCUCUCGAAACAGAAAUGAAGUUCGCUACCGUUGGUGCCCUGGCCUUCGUGGCCCCCUUGGCCACGGCGGUUAAGACAGAAAGGACCUUCGCCGUCUUACACUUUACCGCGAACCAAUUCUUAACCGAGGGUCCUAUGGAUCCCGUAGUCAACCCCGGAGAAGAAGCAACCCAUUAUCACAGCAUCAUGGGAGGAAGUAACUUCGGCAUCAAUACCAAAGGUGAUGAUCUGUUGAGCUCAGAGUGUACCACGACCACUAUCAAGAAUGACAAGAGCAACUACUGGGUCCCUAGUCUUUUCUUCCAAGAUCCCAAGGAUCCAACCAGCUUUGAGAAAGUUCCCUUUUACUACAUGAACGUCUAUUACUUUUUCGAACCUACCAACAGCACUAUCGAGCCAUUCCCUGUCGGUCUGAAAAUGCUGAGUGGUGAUUCCAAGACCAGAGACCCCCCUAAAUUUGGAGGAGGAAGCAAUCUUGAUCCCAGCCAGGGGCCGAUUCAGCCGAUUCAGUGGACAUGCCCCAGACAAAGUUAUGACCCCCCUUCAUAUCCCGUAGAUUCGGAUGGAACUACGGCAGGUAUGCAGGAUCCUAACAACAAGGGUGCGGGUGCGGGAUUCCCCCUUUACGACUGCGACGGCACCUACUCCCCGCUUAGACAGGACAUCCACUUUCCUUCGUGCUACAAUCCCCAGGCAGGUCUCGACGAUUACGAAAACAACAUGGCUUGGCCAACCACUGUAGAUGGUUUACAGACGUGCCCGGCCGGAUGGGUUCACGUGCCGCAUAUAUUUUAUGAAGUAUAUUGGGACACGCCGUCAUUUAAGGAUAGGUGGACUCCUGACGGAAAGACGCAGCCCUUCGUUUUAUCUAACGGUGAUGCCACCGGCUAUAGUUCGCACGGUGACUUUAUUUCGGGAUGGGACCAGGACACCCUCCAGACUAUCAUCGAUACCUGCAAUGCUGGCGAUAUUGGCAUGGAGAAAUGCCCCAAUAUCCCCGGCGGUGUCAACGACAACAAGGACUGCACUAUCAAGCCGGCUAUUGGUACCCUGGUGGCAGUUUCGGAAGUCCUGAACGCACUCCCGCUCAAUUGCCCGGUCACCGGCUGGGGCAAGGGUGGUGUUUCCAGCGGCUCUGGUUCAAACUCGUCCGAGUCCGAGUCGUCCUCUCAGUCUGCAUCCUCGACCGUGAGUAGAAUCCAGCCUCCUUUAUAUCCUCUUCUGGCGUAUUUCUCGAGUUUAUUCUUUUACCAUACGAGCUCUUAUUCCUGAACUUGAUUCAAUAUCCCAAACAAUGGCUACUUUAUCUAGAUGUAGUCGUCACUAACCCCGAUUACCAGUAUGCCGCCACAAGCACCGCCGCACAAGAGUCCUCGCCUGCAGAGACGACUCAGAAGAGCGCGGCAACUGAGACAAUCGCGCCGUCGUCAUCUGUUACCGGCAUUG